AUGUAACUUGAGCAAAAUGCAAAGAUGCUGAUGAAUGUUAAAAGUUGCCUUAAAUAUUAGACUCUUAUUCUUAAUGUAGAGCUCGAAUUUAAAAAUUUGCAGCUUAGAUUGAAGGAGGAUCUGUUAAGAGAAAGAAAUAAUUGUUAGGAUUAAGAUGAUAAAAUACAUUAUGUCUCUAAUAAAAAAAUAACCAAUAACCAAAUUUGUUUUUAUUUAGAGGGAAAAUAUUUAGAAACAAUAUUCGAAAAUGCUCCAGAGGCCUUAAUAAUAUAUAAAGAAUUUCGAGAUUUCCUUUCAUCUUCUAAAACAAAAUAUAAUUUUGAAAGCUUUCAAAGAUUAUUAUGUUAAACUUAUAAAUACAGUUAGAUUGUUAGAUAGAUGCUAUUGGAAAUGAUUGAUUUUGAACAAGAAAAUAAUGGAUUAAAAUGUAAGCUAGAAUUCCUUGAAUAGAUAUAAAACAAAUCAACAUUAUUUAGAAUGCUUCGAUACUUGUAUAAAAAAAGAAAGAGGUUAUUUAGAAAAUAAAAAUUGUGGAGCAAGCCAUAAUAUAAGAUAUAUAUUCCAUCAUAUAUUGGAUAUGAUUAAUUAAAAAGCAAAUGGAUACAUGUACUGGAUCUACAGAUGAAAUAUAGGUGCACAUAUUGAAUUUUAGAUAAUGCUCCAUUCAUGUACUUAAUGUUUGAAUUCCGUGAAAGAAAGUUUCUAAAUAAUUAAGAAUAUUUUUAGGUGGAAUAGCUAAUGCUAAUUAAAAAUAUGAGAAAAUGAUGCUAUAGAUUUCAAUACACACUAAUUAUGUAAAAAAUUAAGAAUACUUGGACUAUAUGAUCAGAUUAUAGAUGUUUAACACUGACUUGCAUUUAUAAUGA